AGGGCAAACUCUCCGCGCAAGAGGGGUGGGGCGGAGGGUGGGGGAAUUGAAAGCGGACAGAGCCGGGAGUGGGAGGAAGAGAGGAGGCGGCAGGAACGCCUCGGGAGUGAGGAGAGAAGAGCGCGGGGUUCACCCGGAGAAGCCAGACCAGGGGGAAGACCAGGCAGUAGCGGCCCUGCGGGGGGUCUCGGGGGCUCCUGAGCCCCCUACCCCAGCCCCCUCCAAACCAACCCGGUGAACAGACUCCCUGCCAGGCCAGCGCAGCCGCUGGACACGGUCCUCGGCGCCGCUCCAACCAGACUGCGACCGCUAAGCCCCUCCUUUCCAGAAACUCUAGGGCCGCCCCUGGAAGUGGCGGGGCGGAGGGACUGAAGCAGCGACGUGCGGCGGCGAUGGAGCCGAGCGGCCCGGGCUCGGAGGCCAGCAUGGAGGGCGCAGCGGGUGACCCGUACCAGCGACCCGCGCGGCGCACGCAGUGGCUGCUGAGCGCCCUGGCGCACCACUACGGGCUGGACCGCGGCGUGGAGAACGAGAUCGUGGUGCUGGCCACAGGCCUGGACCAGUACCUGCAGGAGGUCUUCCACCAUCUGGACUGCCGCGGCGCCGGCCGCCUGCCCCGCGCCGACUUCCGCGCGCUCUGCGCCGUGCUGGGGCUGCGCGCCGAGGGGGCCGCCGCCGCCGGGGAGGCCACUAGGGAUGCGGCUGUCGGAGACACUAGCUCCGGGAAUGUGACCGCCGGGGAUGCGGCCUCUGGGCUGGCUACCGACCGGGACGCAGAUGACGAGGAGGAGACGCGCCUGGCGCUGAGCGCUGAGCCGCCUGAGCUCACCUUCCGCCAGUUCCACGCGCGCCUCUGCGGCUACUUCGGCACCCGCGCGGGGCCCCGGCUGCCCCGCGGAGCUCUCAGCGAGCACAUCGAGACGCAGAUCCGCCUGCGCCGCCCGCGCCGCCGCCGCCGGCCGCCCCGCACGCCCGGCCCCGACGGCGGCCCCGACGGAGGCCCCGACAGCGAGCGCUUGGCGCGGUUGGAGGAGGAGAACAGCAGCCUCCGGGAGCUGGUGGAGGACCUGCGCGCCGCGCUGCAGAGCAGUGACGCGCGCUGCCUGGCCCUGCAGGUCGGCCUCUGGAAGAGCCAGGCGGGCGCUCCGGAGGCGGCGGCGCGGGAGCUGCGGCUGCGGGGCGCCCUGGCGGCGGCCGAGGCCCGCGCGGGGCGGCUGCGCCAGGGCCAGGCCGAGGUGCGGCGGCGCGCAGAGCAGGCCCGGCAGGCGCUGCAGCGCAGCGUGCGCCGCGUGCGCGAGCUGGAGGCCCUGGCGCGCCGGGUGCCCGGCCUGCAGCGCUGGGUGCGGCGGCUGGAGGGCGAGCUGCGGCGCUACAGGUCAGAGGGCACCCAGCUCCCAGCCUCACCACGAGCCAGCCCAGAGCCAGAAGCCAAGAGCAGUGAACCUGAGGACUGUGAGACCAGAGGCUCAGACGCCCCUCCAGAGGGAGCCUGGCAGUCAGAAGGCAGCUCCGAGAGCAGAGCCCUGGACGAAGCAGCGGGUGAGCAGCUCUUCCGCUCCGUGGAAGGCCAGGCCGCCUCUGACGAGGAAGAGGAGGACAAGGAGAAGUGGCAGGAGGAACAGAGGCCACCAGCCGAGGUCAAGAUGCUGCUGGCUCACCUCCCCAGCUGCGGGAGUGGGUGUGAUGACCAGAUGGCCAAGGAACUCACGACCUCCUUCGGCCUCUUUGGCAGUACCACCCACGCGAACGCCCUGGGGGAGCUGAAGGCCCACAUCGCCAUGCUGGUGGAGCAGCUAGGGACCCAGGGCUGCAGCCAGAAGACCCUGGGCUCAUCUGGGCAGGAGGCAGAGCUGCAGCAGAAGGUGGAAGAGAAUGAGCGCUUGAGGCUGGAGCUGCAGAUGGUGGAGACGGAGCGAGUGAGGCUGUCCUUGCUGGAGGAGAAGCUGGUGGAUGUGCUGCAGCUCCUGCAGAGGCUCCGGGACCUGAACAUAUCGAAGAGAGCGCUGGGGAAGAUGUUGCUGAACACACUGGACGCUUGCAGGGACCCCGCAUGUGAGGGGAUAUGUGGCCCCUCAGCCUUGCUGGACGCCCUGCACCAAGCUUUGGCUGGCUGUGAGCUCUUGCGUAGAGAGCCCUUGGCACCAGCUUCUGCAGCUCCUGUGCUCACCAGCUCCCUCCUCAUCUCCUGCUGAGCUUGCUGCCCCAGCCUGUGGGAACCCUGGUCAGCCUGGCCACCGUCAGACCAGCCUCCAGGAUCAGCCCGGCCACCAUCAGACCAGCCUCCAGGAUCAGCCUGGCCACCAUCAGACCAGCCUCCAGGAUCAGCCUGGCCACCAUCAGACCAACCUCCAGGAUCAGCCUGGCCACCAUCAGACCAACCUCCAGCAUCAGCCUGGCCACCAUCAGACCAGCCUCCAGGAUCAGCCUGGCCACCAUCAGACCAGCCUCCAGCAUCAGCCUGGCCACCAUCAGACCAACCUCCAGGAUCAGCCUGGCCACCAUCACAUCCUUGGAACCCUGGAGGCCCUGACUCCUUCUGAGGUGGGGCCAAAGCUCAGAGCAUCACACUGCAGAGCCUAGCAGCCAUCCCUUCCUUGGGCUCCUCCCAGAUUUCCUUGCAGCCCCUGCAUUCGUGCUGCCAGAGUCCACAUUCAAGCCCUGUAGUUGCUGGAUCAGCCUGCACCUGCUGCCACCUCCCUGCACUCAGAGCAGAGGUGCCCACUUUCCUGCCCAGCCCAGCCCAGCAUCCCUUCCCUAGGCUCCCAGUUUUUCUUCCCUUCUCGGCACUGUCUCCUUCCUCCCACUAGCGUGCCUGCUGCAGAGACUCUGUGCCCAACCUUCAGGUCACACUAGUCCAAGGGGAAAAUACCCAUGUCCCCAGAAAUGUUGAAGACCAGGACUGGGGGAAGUCAAAGCGGGGAGUCAUCACUGCAGGCUUCCUGGUGGAGGCUGGCCCUGAACUAGUUCUAGAAGAGAGGUAGGAUUUAGAUGGGCAGAGAGAGGAAGGAAGGGCAUUUAACGUGAGGUAACAGCAAGCACAAAAAGUGUGGUGCCAGAAAAAGCCCCAUUUAUCUAGUACCCGGAUCCCCUCUUUCCUGAGCACAUAGUAGGUGCUGGGCCUCAUGGAGUCACAGGAAGGAGCAAGACAAGCUGCCUGGCCUCACCUACCUUAAAAUCUCAUGAGAAAAAAAGAUACAUUGUCACAUAGUGCAGUGUAGGUGAAAUCAGUGCUAACUCGAGGUAAGAUAGAGUGUCAUGAGAGUCCAGCCAGGAGGCAUCUGCCUGAGCUGAGGAGGAUGGUCACGCUACAGGGAGGAACGGCAGGGGUGAGGGAGGGGCCUGGAGGUAGCAGGGGCAGGUCACAGGGGGCCUCAAUGGCAGACCAGGAUCGGGACUUGGUCCCGCAGACAAUGGGGAGCCGUGGGAGGAUUCUGAGCUGCCUCGUGGAGGGUGGGCUGGAGGGGAGUGAAAAAGAGGCAGCUGCAGGACUGUAGGAGCAAGGGGUCACUAUGGGACUGGAGGAGCCAUGGGAACACAGACGGGGGACCAUGGAGAAGGGAGGCUCAAGGGGGUGCCCAGAGGGAGCCCAAGAGCAGUAGGCACGCCAGGGCAGGGGCCACAGGGCGGGCUCGGGACAACGCCUCACCUCAUGUCUGGCCUCAGACGCUCAGCAGCUUGGAUGGGUGCCCGAGGCACUGGGGAGCCACUACAGGCUCCUAAGCAGGCAGUGCAGGCCCAAAGCCCAGUUUCCCAAUGGUUCUUCUGGACAUGGAAUAAAAGGGACCUAGGCCAGUGGAAAUGACAGAGGGACUACCCCACCCCUGGUCCUGUCUGUUUGAGAAGGUCCCCGGGCACUGAGGAGGCUGGUCUGGGCAGAGGGGGCUGCCCCCAGCUUGCUCCUCUCAGCUUAGCCUGAGCCCACCGGGUCCUACUCCCUCAGCUCUGCCUCUAAUGACUGCAUGACCCAGGCGAGCCCCACGUGUGCCCCCUGCCCAGUAGGAGGGGCUGACUGUUCCAUAUGUUGAUCGUGGUUGUGGUCCCGGGAAUCUACACACGUGUUAAAAUUCGUAGAACUGGGAGCUGCUCUCAGAAAAGUCAGCCUUACUAUGUGCUAAUAAAAAAAUUACAGGGGCUGGCAGAGACGUUCCCGAGGUGCCCUCAGCUCUGGCUGCCUGAUCGGCAGUCAGCAGGCAGAGGGUGCUUGUGGACUACAGCUGCACGAAGCUGUAUUUUCAGGAGCUUCCUAAUGAAAAUCCUCUCUUACCACGGCCCAAUAAGCCAACAUUCAUCAUCACACUCAUAUGCUCAUAAUCCCACUGGAGGCAAGUUUAUGAUGUGGACUAGGAUUCACAGGUGCCCAGAGAGGCUAGGUGAGCUACCCAGCAACACACAGUAAAUUAGCAUCCAAGCUUGGAGUGAGGCCUGUUUUCUGAGCCCAUGUCUCAUGCACUUUCUACCACAGCCAGCUGUCUCUGGCUGGGAAACUCCAGGCUUGAUAAGGGUUUGGGGUCUGGAUUAGUUAUGGUACAGGCCAAACUUGAUUAAAGGAUCCCAAAAUACUUUGGGUCAAACAGCAUGGAACUUAUUUCUCUCCUGUAACUGUCCAGAGGUGAGUGGUCCUGGUUGGCAGAGCAGCUCCACUCCAUAUGGUCACCCACAGGCCCAGGUUCCUUCCACUUUGUUGCUCUGCCAUUCCCUAGAGUGAUGCCAUCCUUUGUACGGUGGAAGCCAAUUCACCAGCAUUGCAUCUGCCUUCCAGCUCACAGGAAGGAGGAGAGAGGAAGGGAAGGGUCAGGCACUCUGCUCACAUCUCGCCUACUCUCAUCCCAUUGGCUAUACCUAGCUGCAAGGGAGGCUGGGAAAUGUAGUCUGUAGCUGGGCAACCAUGUGUCCAGCUAAUACUAAUAUUGUUAAAAUAAAAAAGGCUUCCAGUUUCCAGUCCAGCAUGUGAGGAGCUUGAAAGUCAUCACUUUGUCUUAACAGCAAGUAAAAAGCUGAACAAAUUGAAAAACCAAUGACUCUUCUUGGAUCCAUCAGAGAAGUGAGGUCAAAGGGCAAACAGCUGCCCUCAAAAUUGGAGAGACAGACAGGGGAAUACAGAGAAUCAUGAAAAGAUAUAUGUACUCCCACGUUCACUGCAGCAUCAUUUACAAUAGCCAAGACAUGGCUGCAACCCAAGUGU